CUGAGUUUAUCAAAAAGAUGGUUGGGACACCAGCCACGCCAUUGUGUAAGAUACCAAGGACACCGGCGGCGACCCCGGGAGGUCUCAAGACUCGGGAGGAGAAGAUUCUGGUGACUGUUCGGAUGCGGCCGCUAAGCCGGAGAGAACAAACAAUGUAUGAUCUUAUUGCUUGGAAUUGUGUCGAUGACCAUAGCAUCCAUUUCAAGCAUCCAAAUCAUGAACGCCCCGCCACGCACUACAGUUUUGAUAGAGUUUUUGAUCCAUCAUGCUCUACUAGAAAGGCUUAUGAAGAAGGGGCCAAGGAUGUUGCCUUAUCUGCUCUCACAGGAAUUAAUGCAACAAUUUUUGCAUACGGGCAGACAAGUAGUGGGAAGACAUUUACCAUGAGAGGAAUCACUGAAAAUGCUGUUAAGGACAUCUUUGAACACAUAAAAAAUACACAGGAGAGAGACUUUGUCUUAAAAUUUUCUGCACUGGAGAUAUACAACGAGACUGUUGUAGACCUUUUGAAUCGUGAUUCUGGUUGCUUGAGACUUUUGGACGAUCCUGAGAAAGGUACCAUCGUUGAAAAACUUGUUGAAGAAGUCGUCAAGGACAGCCAACAUUUGAAGCACUUAAUUGGCAUUUGUGAAGCACAAAGGCAGGUGGGAGAAACGGCUUUGAACGAUAAAAGCUCAAGGUCACAUCAGAUUAUCAGGCUGACCAUUGAGAGUAGCCUUCGGGAAAAUUCAGAAUGUGUGAAGUCUUUCUUAGCAAGUUUGAAUCUUGUGGACCUCGCAGGAAGUGAACGUGUCUCUCAAACAAAUGCUGAUGGUGCAAGAUUGAAAGAAGGUAGCCAUAUUAACCGCAGCUUGUUGACACUCACAACAGUGAUUAGAAAGCUCAGUGGUGGAAAGAGAAGUGGUCACAUACCGUAUAGAGAUUCGAAACUUACACGAAUACUGCAGAACUCACUUGGGGGAAAUGCUCGAACAGCAAUUUUAUGUACCAUCAGUCCAGCUUUAAGUCAUGUAGAGCAAACUAGGAAUACUCUCUCUUUUGCAACUAGCGCAAAGGAAGUUACCAACAAUGCCCAAGUAAACAUGGUUAUUGCAGACAAAAGGUUAGUAAAGCAUUUACAGAAGGAAGUAGCAAGGCUUGAAGCAGAGCUACGAAGUCCAGAGCCUUCUUCUGCUUCAUGCUUAAAAUCUUUAUUGAUGGAAAAGGAAUUGAAAAUCCAGGAGAUGGUGAGGGAAAUGGAAGAGUUAAAGCGCCAGAGAGACACUGCACAAUCCCAAUUAGAACAAGAAAGAAAAGCACGCAAGGUACAAAAGGGAUUGAACCAAGGUGGUCCUUCUGGCCAAGUAGUCAGAUGUCUCUCGUUUUCUGUUGACAAUGAGCCAGUUCCAGGUGCUCCAGAUGCUCGGCCUAGGAAAACAAUUGGAAGACAUUCAACACUAAGGCAGUCAGCCACCUCGACAGAUCCAUCCAUGCUUGUUCAUGAAAUUCGAAAACUUGAGCAGCGACAGAGGCAGCUUGGCGAGGAAGCAAAUCGGGCACUUGAAGUACUACAUAAGGAAGUUGCCUCUCACAAAUUUGGGAAUCAAGAAACUGCUGAAACAAUAGCAAAGAUGCUCUCCGAAAUUAAGGACAUGCAAGCAGCUAGCUCCAUUCCUGAAGAUAUUGUGAUUGGGGAUGGGACCAACUUGAAAGAAGAGAUCACUCGGUUGAACUCUCAAGGCAGCACUAUUGCAUCGCUAGAGAAGAAGCUUGAGAAUGUUCAGAAAUCUAUAGACAUGUUGGUUUCAAAUCUUUCAAAUGGUGAAGAGACGCCAGAGUUCAAGACCCAAUUGAAGAAGAAGAAAAUUCUUCCUUUCACGUUGAACAAUAGUGCAAACAUGCAAAACAUAAUACGGGCUCCAUGCUCGCCAUUAUCUUCUUCCCGAAAGACAAUGGAAUAUGAGAUUGAGAACAAGGCCCCUGAGGAUAAUGAAAUGGUCUCUCGCAGCCAUAGAUCGCCUGGCAGAUUUAAAACUACUCCUCCAAAGGCUGAUGAUAAACACGCCUCAUCAAGAGAGGGAACUCCCUCUACAAGGCAAACCAACUCAGUUGAUGUGAAGAAAAUGCAGAGGAUGUUCAAGAAUGCAGCUGAGGAGAACAUACGCAGCAUUAGAGCUUAUGUCACUGAGUUGAAAGAACGGGUGGCAAAGCUACAAUAUCAAAAGCAGCUUCUGGUUUGCCAGGUGUUGGAACUGGAAGAAUCAAAUGAAGCUGGAACUGAUGAGACAGACCGUAUUCUUCAAUCUCCCUUGCCAUGGCAUCUAGUGUUUGAGGAUCAGAGGAAGCAGAUUGUCAUGUUAUGGCACUUGUGCCAUGUUUCAAUUAUACAUCGUACGCAGUUUUAUUUGUUGUUCAGAGGAGACCCAGCUGAUCAGAUAUAUAUGGAGGUUGAGCUUCGAAGGUUAACAUGGUUGGAGCAGCACUUUGCAGAGCUUGGCAAUGCAAGCCCAGCACUUUUAGGCGAUGAACCUGCAGGUUCAGUCGCAUCAAGUAUCAGGGCACUUAAGCAAGAAAGAGAGUAUCUAGCUAAGAGGGUGAGCUCCAAACUGUCAGCAGAGGAAAGAGAGAUACUCUACAUGAAAUGGGAAGUUCCACCAGUAGGAAAGCAGAGGAGGUUGCAGCUGGUUAACAAGUUAUGGACAGACCCUUUGAACAUGCAACACGUGCAGGAGAGUGCAGAAAUCGUCGCCAAACUUGUAGGCUUUUGCGAGUCUGGUGAACAUAUCAGCAAGGAGAUGUUCGAGCUCAAUUUUGUUAACCCUUGUGAUAAGAAGUCAUGGAUGGGGUGGAAUUUGAUUUCAAAUCUCUUGCAUUUGUAA